AGAGAGAGAGAGAGAGGUGAGAGAGAGCAGAAGCUCCAAGCCCUCCGCCAUGGAAGACGCUCUCUCCCAAAUAAUCACCGAGCUCGAAUCCCAGCACAACCUCCAAAACUCAAAUUCCGAAAACCCCAUUUCAGAAUCCGCUCUCCUUGGCCUCCAGACCCUCUUCGAUGACAACGAAUCCGACCGUCUAUGGGAAGAGCUCUCAUCCAAGAACCUCCCUCCAUCCAUUCUCGUCCGUCCGAUCUCCUCCGCGAUGGAUGCGGCCCACCCCCGGAUCUCCAUCUCAGCUUCUCACCUCUACCUCACAAUCCUCACCUCCCCCAAGUCCCCCAUCUACACCAUCUUCACGCCCGUCGCCUUCCUCUCCCUCCUCCGUUCUCUUCGCCGCUCUUUCAAGAACCAUCGAACCGUCCCGCCGGGAACCUCCGAUGUCGGGCCCCGCAGCAAGACCAAGAGAAGUAGAAAGGGAGGCGGUAGCCGGCGGAAUGCUUGCAGGGCCCACGAUGAAGAGGCAGAGGAUGACCCCAAUAGGGGGGCUCAUCUUGAUAUCAGGCUUGUAUUCUCUGUUCUUGAAAAAUUGGAAUCUGUUCUUGAUCUGAUUCAUCUCAAUCGGUUUCCGGAUACUCUCAAAUCUUUAGUAGAAACCGUCGCUGGGAUUCCCAUAAUGGCUCUCGAGUCGUAUGAUAAUUCUGCGAAUUUUAAUGGGUUGUGCGAUCUCUGCUUUCGGAUUCUGCAUGGCGUUUUACGGCCUGAGCAUGGCGAUCAAACUGUUGCAGCCGUUGAAGUUCUUAAGUCGCUGUCGCCGUCAAUUCUGCUGCUGAAAUCUCAGGUGAAGACGUUUGCGUUGAGAUUUGUGACAGGUAGGAUGAUGGCUGCAGCGAAGGAUUGCGAGGCGGUUAGGAAAGCUGUUGUGUAUCUUCCAAGGUACCUAGUUAAUAAGGCACCGGAGAAGUCUGAGUCGCGGGCGUCAGCGGUUGAUUCGAUCAUAGAAGUUGUCCGGGCCAUGGAAUUGGACGAUCAGAUCGGUUUCGCUGAUUAUGUGGUGGAGCUGACGCAUGGAAAGGCACAGCUAAGGCUCAUAGCAGUUGACCUGAUUUUUACGAUGCUGACGACGUUGCGUAACCCACUUGGGGUGAAUUUAACAGAUGGGGUUGCAGAUGAGGGCGGGAGCUGGUGGGGCAUUAGAUGUUUGGAAGCUUUGAUUGAGUGCUGCUCUGAUGUGGUGGCGGGGAUCCGAGCACGGGCUCUGACAAAUGUGGCCCAGGCGAUUGGGUUCCUGGUGGGCAAUCCCGGGAACUGUGCCCGGUUGCAGGAAGUGAUGGGUUUUGGAAAUGCAGGGGUCCACAGAGGCUCAGCUGGAGGAUUGAAUGAGCUGUUGAGGAAGAGGUGUGUGGAUGAGAAGGCAGCUGUGAGGAAGGCUGCUCUUCUACUCAUUAUCAAAUCUACGGAUCUGAAUGGGAGCUGCAUUGAUGAAGUCAUGCUCAAGACAAUUGCCAUUGCCUGCUCAGACCCGCUUGUUAGCAUUCGCAAAGCCGGUGUAUUGGCGUUGUCGGAGGUAUUUCGAAAAUUCUCAGAAAGUAGUGUGAUCACCGAGUGGCUUCAUGCCAUUCCACGGCUGAUAACGGACAAUGAAACAAGCAUUCAAACGGAAUGCGAGAACUUGUUCCAGGAACUGAUAUUGGAUCGAGUGUCCAGAUUUGGGUCUGCAAGUUCAAGCAGUAACACAACCAGCCAUGCCAGUACAAGUUUGAAAUGGAGUUUAGAAGGGGAACUGGAGUCGAUCUUUUCCCAAGGCGUGUUGGUUUUACUGAAAGGGAUCUGUGAUGGCGAGGUGGCGCCUUGCGUGAGGAAGAUCUGCACUAGCCUCGGCAAGAAGAAGCAGCUCAGGCCUGCCAUUGCCACUGCACUUCAGAAUAUCAUAAAUACCUCCGAAUCGAUCUGGUUGAACCAUUCGAUGCCAAUAGAGAAGUGGACUGCUCCUCCAGGCGCUUGGCUUCUUCUUUCUGAGGUUUCAUCCUUCCUGCUGAAAGCAGUGAAAUGGGAGUUCCUGCACCAUCACUGGCAGCUCCUUGACAAUAGUAAAUCGAAAGGUGAGGUUUUCAGUCCCGUUAGGAAAGAAGAGAUGGCUUCACUAAGUGAUGUUGAUUCCAGUUCCAUUGCUUGGGCUGGAGAUCGCGUUUUCCUGUUACAGACUAUUUCCAAUGUUUCUGUGGAGCUGCCAUCAGAGCCUGCUGCAGAACUCGCACACGACUUGCUUCAACGGAUUGAGGAGUUCAACAUGCACUCGGCAGAGGUUAAUGCUCAUGUGAAAGCCCUCAGAACCAUAUGCAAGCAGAAGGCUACGAACUCGGAGGAGGGUGAUAGCCUUGUGUUGAAAUGGGUGCAUCAGUUAAUCUCCAAGGCGAUCUGCAUUCUCAACAACUACAUGCUGGAGGUCUCAGAAGCCAGCAAAGAUGAUACUUUUCUAACACCGCCCCGAAGUGGCAAUAGAAAGGGAAAGAGGGAAGCAAUUGCAUCUGAGUCGCUGUCCAGAGCCGUGACUGCAGUUUUUACUGUCGGGUCGUUGGUUGUGGUUAGCCCUUCGGCGGAUUUGAAGGGCAUUGUCCCCCUGUUACACACCAUCAUCACGUCCGGAAGUUCCAAAGCUAAGCCUAAAGAACUUGCUGGCUUGACAGUUUCGAUCAAACAGGUGGCCCUGACUUUGUACAUUCAAUCCUGGAUGACAAUGGGAAAGAUUUGCCUUGCAGAUGGCAAGCUAGCAAAGCGCUACAUCCCCCUCUUCGUGCAGGAGCUCGAGAAGAGUGACAGUGCAGCCCUUCGCAACAAUAUUGUGGUGGUGAUGGCUGAUUUUUGUGUUCGUUAUACCGCUUUAGUCGAUUGUUAUAUACCUAAGAUCACUAGUUCUCUUCGUGAUCCGUGUGAGGUUGUUCGAAGACAGACAUUCAUCCUGCUCUCAAGAUUAUUGCAGAGGGACUAUGUAAAAUGGCGAGGAGUGUUGUUCCUUCGAUUCCUCUUAUCUCUUGUUGAUGAAUCUGAGAAGAUAAGACACCAAGCAGAUUUCCUCUUCGGGAGCAUCCUAAAAGCAAAGGCACCGCUUCUGGCAUAUAACAGUUUCGUAGAAGCCAUUUUUAUUCUCAACGACUGCAACAUGCAUUCCGGGCUCAGCGAGUCUCAUGGCUCGCACGGUCGUCGUCUUUUCUCCAUCAGAGGCAAUGACGAGAGGUCGCGGUCGAAACGGAUGCAUAUCUAUGUUUCCUUGCUGAAACAAAUGGCGCCUGAGCACCUGUUAGCCACGUCCGCAAAGCUCUGUGCAGAGAUCCUGGCAGCCGCUUCUGAUGGCGCGCUCAAUCUUGAUGAUGUGACUGGACAGUCUGUACUUCAGGAUGCCUUUCAAAUACUUGCCUGCAAGGAGAUGCGGAUCCAACCGCAUCGUGCUGCCGCUGCGGCCGAGAUAGAUGAAGAAGGUGGGGAUUGUGGGGGUGCCGUCUCGUCCGCCAGAGGAAGGGUGGUCACGCAGGUAGCUAAGAAGAACUUGAUCCAAAAUGCGAUUCCCAUCUUCAUCGAGCUGAAGCGGCUACUUGAGAGCAAGAACAGCCCACUCACGGGCUGCCUCAUGGAAUGCCUCAGGGCCCUCCUCAAAGAGUACAAGAAUGAGAUGGAUGACAUCUUGGUUGCUGACAAGCAGCUUCAAAAGGAGCUCAUCUAUGAUAUGCAUAAGUACGAAACGGCAAAGACGAGAUCCACAGUUGCUGAUGCUGUUGCCAGCAUACAAAGAUCGGCCGCCCCUCGAUCACCCACAUCACGUACCGCUGGCGCAACUUCUGGUGCGCCUAGAGCUAGUACUGGAAAUAGGGUGCAUGAAAAGUUGGCUGGGAAAUUGGGAGCUGGUGAUGAGAUUGCGUCUGCUGUAGCAGAUGUGGCCGCUGCAGCCACCGUCAGGUCUGUUCUCAAGGACAUGAAUAAGGGGACGUCCACCCCGCCUCUGCAUUCGAUGAGCAUGCCCAAGCUCAAGACGACAUCGGGCGGAGAUGCCGCGAGAGGAAACCUCCCUCCAGAUGUGUUGGAGUCUUUAAGGAGAAGGCAAUCUUUUGAUUUGGACAAUGAGAACUAA